AUGUUCGUCGGUUUAUCAAUAGCUCUUGGCGUUCAUUUAGUUGUGGUGGACGUGGACGAUCGACCUGUCUGCGUAGAAAUCUGUGAUACAGCUGGUCAGGAUUCAAUGUCCGAACUACGCGAGCUCUGCUAUCCGGGAACAGACGUGUUAAUGCUCUGCUUCUCUGUGGUCCGACCAGAGACAUUCCGGUCCGUGGCUAACAGGUGGACGCGGGCGAUCGCUAAUGUCAACGCACCCUUAAUUCUAGUCGGCACUCAGUGCGAUUUAGCACUCGAUGGACGGGUUAUACACGCAUUAAAAGCCCGAGGUGAACACGCAGUAACCGAACUGGAAGCCAAGGCAUUAGCCGCCAAAAUAAACGCUGUCUACGUAGAAACAUCAGCGAAAACACGGAAACAGUUGAAAGAUGCCUUCGACGCCGCCAUCUUGGCUGGGUUGCCAGUAGUGCAACCGAAACGACCGUUUUGGAAAAAACUGUUUUGUUUAAAUUAG